CACCGGGGGAAGGUCCGGGGGGCCCGGCGGGGCCGGGCCGGCUCGAGUUACAGCUCCGGGGGGCGGCGGGGCCGGGACUUAAACGGGGCCGCGGGGCCGAGCGGGCACUGCCGGCCCCGGGCGCGGAUCGGGCGCAGCCGCCUCGCCAUGCCCGGACACCGCCCGGCCCCCGGUGGCCGCCGCUCGGAGCCCGCAGCCACCGGCGCCGUCCCCGGAGCCGCCCCCCGGCCGGGGCUGCUGCUCCUCCUCCUCUUCUGCCUCGCUGCCGCCGCCGCCGCGCAGGACCGAGACCUCCCCGAGGCUGGCAGCUGCCUGCAGGACGGGCACCGCUACAGCGACAAGGACGUGUGGAAGCCGGAGCCGUGCCGGAUCUGCGUGUGCGACACGGGGACGGUGCUGUGCGACGAAAUCAUCUGCGAGGAGCUGCGGGACUGCCCCAGCCCCGAGAUCCCCUUCGGAGAGUGCUGCCCCAUUUGCCCCACCGAGCAGCCCAGCGGGCAGCCUGGCCCCAAGGGACAAAAAGGUGAACCCGGUGACAUCAAAGAUGUCGUAGGACCCCGAGGACCCCCGGGCCCGCAGGGCCCUGCAGGUGAGCAGGGACAGCGAGGGGACCGCGGCGAGAAGGGUGAGAAGGGCGCCCCUGGCCCCCGGGGCAGGGAUGGGGAACCCGGAACUCCAGGAAAUCCCGGCCCCCCGGGACCCCCGGGACCCCCGGGACCCCCCGGCUUGGGGGGGAACUUCGCCGCUCAGAUGGCCGGGGGCUUCGACGAGAAGGCUGGAGGGGCUCAGAUGGGCGUCAUGCAGGGACCCAUGGGCCCCAUGGGACCCCGUGGCCCCCCCGGCCCCUCCGGCUCCCCGGGUCCCCAAGGAUUCCAAGGCAACCCCGGUGAGCCCGGUGAACCAGGCGCUGCUGGUCCGAUGGGUCCCCGGGGACCUCCGGGACCUCCUGGCAAACCUGGAGAUGACGGCGAGACUGGCAAACCUGGGAAAUCCGGCGAGCGUGGCCCCCCCGGCCCCCAGGGCGCUCGAGGCUUCCCCGGGACCCCCGGCCUACCUGGAGUCAAAGGCCACCGGGGCUACCCCGGCCUGGACGGCGCCAAGGGAGAAGCGGGAGCACCUGGAGCCAAGGGCGAGUCCGGCUCCCCAGGCGAGAACGGCUCCCCCGGCCCCAUGGGUCCCCGCGGGCUGCCCGGAGAGCGAGGACGCCCGGGCCCCUCGGGCGCUGCGGGCGCUCGUGGCAACGAUGGCCUCCCAGGCCCGGCCGGACCCCCUGGUCCCGUCGGCCCCGCAGGAGCCCCCGGCUUCCCCGGCGCCCCCGGCUCCAAGGGUGAAGCGGGACCCACCGGAGCACGAGGACCCGAGGGUGCCCAGGGGCCCCGCGGAGAAUCCGGGACCCCUGGCUCGCCUGGCCCCGCCGGCGCCCCAGGGAACCCCGGGACCGACGGCAUCCCCGGAGCGAAGGGAUCGGCGGGCGCUCCAGGCAUCGCCGGCGCUCCAGGAUUCCCCGGCCCCCGCGGCCCACCCGGGCCCCAGGGAGCCACCGGCCCGCUGGGCCCCAAGGGACAGACGGGCGAACCCGGCAUCGCGGGAUUCAAAGGCGAGCAGGGACCCAAGGGAGAGACGGGCCCCGCAGGACCCCAAGGUGCCCCUGGACCGGCUGGGGAGGAGGGGAAGAGAGGAGCCCGUGGAGAACCUGGAGCUGCCGGACCUUUGGGGCCACCUGGAGAGAGGGGCGCUCCCGGCAAUCGUGGCUUCCCCGGGCAGGACGGGCUGGCUGGUCCUAAGGGGGCCCCAGGUGAGCGCGGCCCUGCUGGCCUGGCCGGCCCCAAAGGAGCCACCGGUGACCCUGGACGCCCCGGAGAGCCUGGCCUGCCCGGAGCGAGGGGUCUCACGGGCCGCCCUGGGGACGCUGGGCCGCAAGGCAAAGUCGGUCCCACAGGUGCCCCCGGUGAGGACGGACGCCCCGGACCCCCCGGCCCCCAGGGGGCUCGGGGCCAGCCCGGCGUUAUGGGGUUCCCCGGUCCCAAAGGUGCCAAUGGUGAGCCUGGAAAAGCUGGCGAGAAAGGACUUCCCGGAGCGCCAGGACUGAGGGGACUUCCUGGCAAGGAUGGAGAGACGGGAGCUGCCGGCCCCCCAGGACCUGCCGGCCCAGCAGGGGAGAGGGGAGAGCAAGGAGCCCCCGGCCCCUCUGGCUUCCAGGGGCUGCCAGGCCCACCAGGUCCCCCCGGCGAGAGCGGCAAACCCGGAGACCAGGGCAUUCCUGGAGAAGCUGGAGCCCCCGGGCUUGUGGGUCCCAGGGGCGAGCGUGGCUUCCCCGGUGAGCGCGGCUCUCCCGGCGCCCAGGGCCUGCAGGGGCCCCGCGGCCUCCCCGGCACCCCCGGCACCGACGGACCCAAGGGUGCCACCGGCCCUGCCGGCCCCAACGGCGCCCAGGGACCCCCGGGGCUGCAGGGAAUGCCUGGGGAGAGAGGAGCCGCCGGCAUCGCCGGUCCCAAGGGGGACAGGGGAGACGUCGGAGAGAAGGGACCCGAGGGAGCCCCCGGAAAGGACGGAGCUCGCGGUCUGACCGGUCCCAUCGGCCCCCCCGGCCCCGCUGGCCCCAACGGCGAGAAGGGCGAGUCCGGCCCCCCGGGCCCAUCUGGAGCCGCCGGUGCCCGCGGUGCCCCGGGAGAGCGCGGAGAGCCCGGAGCCCCUGGCCCUGCCGGAUUUGCCGGACCCCCAGGCGCCGAUGGCCAGCCCGGAGCCAAGGGCGAGCAGGGGGAGCCCGGCCAGAAGGGCGAUGCCGGAGCCCCCGGGCCUCAGGGGCCCUCCGGGGCUCCUGGACCGCAGGGUCCCACCGGUGUCACUGGUCCCAAAGGAGCCCGGGGCGCUCAGGGACCCCCGGGAGCCACCGGAUUCCCGGGAGCCGCUGGACGUGUUGGACCCCCCGGCCCCAACGGUAACCCUGGCCCCCCCGGGCCUCCUGGCUCCCCAGGCAAGGACGGUCCCAAGGGUGCCCGGGGCGACACGGGACCCACAGGCCGAGCGGGGGACCCGGGGCUGCAGGGCGCUGCCGGCCCCCCGGGUGAGAAGGGCGAGCCCGGCGAGGACGGCCCCCCGGGUCCGGAUGGUCCCCCUGGUCCCCAGGGGCUGGCAGGGCAGCGUGGCAUCGUGGGGCUGCCAGGACAGCGCGGCGAGCGUGGAUUCCCAGGGCUGCCUGGGCCCUCGGGAGAGCCUGGAAAACAGGGAGCACCUGGAUCUGCUGGUGACCGGGGACCCCCUGGUCCUGUGGGACCCCCUGGGCUGACAGGGCCUGCAGGAGAGCCCGGCAGGGAGGGAAAUCCCGGCUCUGACGGACCCCCAGGCAGGGAUGGGGCAGCUGGAGUGAAGGGUGAUCGUGGCGAGACCGGCCCUGUGGGUGCUCCCGGUGCUCCCGGCGCUCCUGGCGCUCCUGGCCCUGUGGGACCCACUGGAAAACAGGGAGACAGAGGAGAGACGGGUGCUCAGGGUCCCAUGGGUCCCUCCGGCCCUGCAGGCGCUCGGGGGAUGCCGGGUCCCCAGGGGCCGCGUGGGGACAAAGGCGAGGCGGGCGAGGCCGGCGAGCGCGGCCUGAAGGGGCACCGGGGCUUCACUGGGCUCCAGGGGCUGCCCGGGCCCCCCGGUCCUUCUGGAGACCAGGGCGCUGCUGGGCCUGCAGGUCCCUCUGGACCCAGGGGUCCCCCCGGCCCCGUGGGCCCCUCAGGCAAGGACGGCUCCAAUGGGAUGCCCGGACCUAUCGGCCCCCCUGGGCCCCGCGGGAGGAGCGGCGAGCCCGGCCCGGCGGGCCCUCCCGGUAACCCCGGCCCGCCCGGCCCCCCCGGGCCCCCCGGCACCGGUAUCGAUAUGUCGGCGUUCGCGGGGCUGGGGCAGCCCGAGAAGGGCCCCGACCCCGGGCGCUACAUGAGGGCGGACGAGGCCGCGCCGGGGCUGCGGCCGCACGAUGCCGAGGUGGACGCCACCCUCAAGGCCCUCAACAACCAGAUCGAGAGCAUCCGCAGCCCCGAGGGCUCCCGCAAGAACCCGGCCAGGACCUGCCGAGACAUCAAACUCUGCCACCCCGACUGGAAGAGUGGCGAUUACUGGAUCGACCCCAACCAGGGCUGCACCCUGGACGCCAUCAAGGUCUUCUGCAACAUGGACACGGGGGAGACGUGCGUGUACCCCAGCCCCGGCAGCAUCCCCAGGAAGAACUGGUGGAGCAGCAAAGCCAAGGAGAAGAAGCACGUCUGGUUCGCCGAGACCAUCAACGGCGGCUUCCACUUCAGCUACGGCGCUGAGGACCUGGCGCCCAACACGGCCAACAUCCAGAUGACCUUCCUGAGGCUGCUGUCCACCGAGGGCUCCCAGAACGUCACCUACCACUGCCGCAACAGCGUGGCCUACCUGGACGGGGACUCGGGCAGCCUGAGGAAGGCGCUGCUCAUCCAGGGCUCCAACGACGUCGAGAUCCGCGCCGAGGGCAACAGCAGGUUCACCUACAGCGUGCUGGAGGACGGCUGCACGAAACACACCGGGAAGUGGGGCAGGACUGUCAUCGAGUACCGCACACAGAAGACCUCGCGCCUGCCCAUCGUGGACAUUGCACCUUUGGACAUUGGGGGGCCCGAGCAGGAGUUUGGGGUCGACCUCGGCCCCGUCUGCUUCUUGUAAAAAACAAAAAAAAAAGGAUUUUUUGGUGUGGUUGUUUGGUUUUGGUUGUUGUGGGUUUUGUUUGUUGGUUUGGUUUUUGUUUUUUUUUUAAAAAGCCCAGCCUAAUUACUUAAAAAAGAGAAAAAAAAAAAAACCACAAAAAACGGGAUCCACCCCAAAAAGGAGCUGAGAAGUUCUGCACUGAAAGGGCUCACCCCGAAUCAGGGAGCAACCACCUCAUCCCAACACCAGAAUCAAAGGAAAAACCCAUUAAUAUUUAUUUAUUCUCUUCCUGGAAGACCUGUUUUUGAGGUCAGGUGGAGGUGGGAAUGUCAGUGAUCCCUUUUUCCCUGAAAAAAAAAUGGGAUUUCAGUAAUCCAGGUAUCAAAAAUCCCCUCCUCACCCCAAAUUUGCCCCUUCCCCCCAGCAGGAGUGUUCAUGUAUGAGUUAAAAAAACACACAAAAAAACCCAAAAAAUGGUGCUAUUCUUGUAAAACAAGUCUGUAUUUUUUAACAUCUGUUGGUAUAAAAUGAAAAAAAAAAUUAAAAAAAAAAAAAACCUUUUGGUGGAAAGUAAAAUUUGAGUUGAGUCUUUUUUUUUGGGGUGUGCUUGCAGUGAUUCAAAUAUUUCCAUUUCAACCACUAUAAAAUUCUUAAUGUUGGGAAAAAAUCCAUUUAAAAUCCUCAUUUUGGGUUAAAACCACAAAUUUUUUGGGUUGGGAUACUUCAAACUAAUGGGGAAAAGGGGGGGAGGGUGAGAAAUCUCCCACAAAAAAUAAGAAAAGGGAAAAAUUUCAAAGUGAAAAAUGUUGAAGUGGAAAAUUUUGGAAACGCAGGAGGUUUAAUUGUGGAAUUCUUGUCCCACAAUUAAGAUUGGGACAAUCCCGGUGUCACUAGGGGUUGCUGUCCCCUCCUCCCCACAGAUUUUAUCCUGUUUUUUUACCUGAAAAACCUCAAAUUGGGCUGUUUUGCAACACCAGAAGCAGGAGAUUCCGUGGUCCUCUCCUCUUGCUGUGCCAUAAAAACUCCCAUAUAGAAACUCCUCUCCUCACCAGGCUGUUCAUUACAGGCAAAAAGUUCAUAAAUGGGAUUUUUUUUUUGUUAUGAUCUUGACAAAAAUCAGCCCAGUGACCCCGAAGAGCCCCAAACCUGCUCAGAUUUCUCAUGCAGGAGGCCCCAGGCAGCUGCUGGGUGAGGAAUUCCUGAGUUUCAUCCCAAUUUUUUUGGGUCAAAACUCCUCUUUUUGCCUCUGUGGAUAAUAAAACUUCACCUGGAGAAAUUAUAACUGAAAAAUCUUUUGAAAGACAACUUCAAAAAAGCCAUUUUGGGGCAGAAUUUGAAUUUUAAACCCUCCAAGUUUCAAGCACAGCAGCUGCCAGUCAUGACCAAGCACCAAAACAUUGGCAGGGGAAAUUCAUUAAGGAGGAUUGAGGGAUUAAAGAGGAUUUUCCACCCAAAAAUGCCCUUUAGGAGGCUCUCUUAAUGAUGGGGGCUCUGCACAAAGGGUUUGGGGUCAAACCUUUCCCCUCCGGGCGCAGCCAAGCAGCAAAUCUGGGGGUCCCUGCUGGGGGCAGCCCCCCCAAAAACCCCUCCAGGAUCCUUGGAAAAGUGGGAUGGUGCAGGGGGUAAAGAGGGGGAAAGGGAGUGUGGGGAGACACCCAGAAAAUCAGGAUGGGUCUCAGCCAGGAGGGGAAGAAAAUGGAGGAAAAGCAAAGUUUGGGAUUUCUUCCUUUUCCUUAAAAAAAUGAAAGGAAAAUUCAGUGACAAUGGGGGGGAUUUGUGGGAUAAGUUUUGGGUCACGCUGGAAGGAGGCUGGGAUUGGGAUUCUGGGCACUGUCCCAGUUGGGAAUGGGCACCUGGUUCUGUUUUCUUCCCCUUAUUUUCCCCAAAAAAAUCCUGGGAAGGGCUGGGAAAAACGGGACUUUUGAGCCUGGAGAAGGGAAGGCUCCAGGGUGACCUUUCAGGAGAGCUGGGGAUGGGUUUGGGACAAGGGACAGAGGGACAGGACAUGGGGAUCCCACUGGGAUCUGGAGGUUUGGGUGGGAUUUUGGGAAGGAAUUCCUCCCUGUGAGGGCAGGGAGGCCCCGGGAUGGAAUUCCCAGAGGAUUCCCCAUCCCUGGGAUGGUGGGAGGUGGAAUGGGAUGAGCUUUAGCACCCCUCCCAACCCAUUCUGGGAUUCUGUGGGAAUCCAUCAGUAAAACAGGAAUUUUGGGGCAAAAGACACCACAGAAGCAAUCCUGGCACAGCACUGGGACAAACCUAGAGCUUUUCCCUAAAAAAAAAAAAAAAAAAAAGGACAGCACAGGGAAAGAUCUAAAUCAUUUUUAAUGAAGGAUUCAGCCCUAAAAAUGCUGCAGGGGCAGGAACCUCCUGUUGGAAAACACAGCAAAGUGUGGAUUUUGUGUCACCCAAAAAUCCAGUGAUUUUUCCACUGAGGAAGGAUUCCCUCACCUGUAGCUGUGCCUGGCUCCUGAAUCCCACGGGAAACGACUGAAAUUCCGAAAAAAAAACCUCCCAAAAAGGGGCAAAAUGCCAAAAGGGCUGCGGGGGCGAGGUGGCAGCUGGAUUUUCCUCGGGAUAGCGGCCGGCAGGAAUGUCCAGCUCCCAGCAGGGAGGCCUUGGAAUCCCAGCCUCCCACAGAACCCCCUCCAAUCCCUGCUGCUUUGGGAAGUGGAGCACAAAAAGCAGCAAAUUCCCGGAUUUCAAACCCCAGGGAAGAGCCUCUGGAUGCCAAAGGGGUCGGAGCCACGGGGAAAAAGGAGGAAAAAGUUCAUUCCGAAGAUUUGGGUUCUUUUGCCUCCUUCCAAGGUGUGACAGAGGCACAUUCCCCGGUGGGAACUGUCCCUUUUUUGGGGUCCUGAGGUGCUGCCACCACUGAGCAGGAAAAUAAAUUAACUUCCCCUGGAAAAAAAUAAAUUCCUCAACUCUCCAAAAUUAAAUCCUUUUACCUCAAAACACCCUGACAGCGCCAAGCUUCCAGAACAGGUGCAAAACACUGUAAAUCUUUGGGUAUUUCAGCCCUUAAUUCAGGAGGGGAAACUUCCAGAUUCCUCCCUGAAAAGGAAGGGAAAGAGCAACCCCCAGCAGGGCUCCAAAGGGCCCCAGAUGUGCCAGGUUUGUCCCAGCAGAGCCACUCACGGUCCCUUCACCGCCAGCCUGAGGUGGUUUCAGGGCUCAGGGUGCCCCGGGGUGCUCAGGGUGCGCCCCGGGGUGCUCAGGGUGCGCCCCGGGGUGCUCAUGGUGCGCCCUGGGGUGCUCAGGGUGGCC